GUGGGGGUGGGUUGGACCGGUGGGUGUUGCAACGAGGGUCUCUCGCUAUCACUGUGCAUCGCAGCGCGGACGUUACCACGUCGCUCAUGCGGAGCGUCUGGAUCAACGAGAAGAACAUGGCGGAUCACAGCGCGGAGCUGGAACAGGAGGUUGAGGAGGCCGCGGACUCCGGCAGGUUCUCGGACAUGCUCAUGAACACGGCGGUGGACGAGUCCUGGAUCGUGCAGCUGCAGACGUUCGCAUCCGGCCUGCCGUGGGUGCCGGACGUGCCCGUCCUCAAUGCCAUGCACUCGCCAGCGGUUGCCUUGGGCGACCUGGUAGGCCUGCUGGCGGGCGGUGGCCGCGAGGCGCCUGCCGGCGAGGGCGAGCAGGCGCGUGCGAGGCGCGACCCCGCCAGGUGGAGCGGCGAGCCUGUGUUCUCGCCGUUCACGGUGCUGGACCGUGCGCCGGACGGCAGCUGGAGCCCGCGGCGGAUGGCCGAGGACCCAUUCUUUGGGCCCCUGGUGCAGAACCUGUCCGCGCUCGUCGGCGGGGCAGCGGCCGGCGACCUCGGCCAGGCCCGCGCGAGGGCCCUGCUGGAGGGAGACGCGGCGGCCAUCUGCGCAGCGGAGCGCGCCUUGGCGCGGCGCGUGGCGGCCAGCGGCGCCGGGCGGGGCGGCGCGGGCGUCCUGUGGCUGUCGCUCUGUCCCGCAGCGGGCGAGUGGCGGGACGGCUGGAAGUGGCCGCUGGCCGUCGUGCUCGGCAGCGCCCAGGCGCUCGAGGCCGCCGCGCCGCGAGGGGGCUGGGCGCCGCUGGUGGGGUGGCUGAGGCGGCGCUGGCGGCGGGUCAUGCGCCACAUGGGCUGGCGGAAGGGCCGCCGGGCGCUGGACUGGCCGCCGCCGGGCGAGCCCGGGGAGGGCGAGCUGCCGCCCCUGGUGGGCGUGUGGCCGGAGCUGGUGGCCGGCGCGCUCCAGGCGCAGGCGCAGGAGCCCCACCUGGUGCAGCAUUGGGGCCCCGAGGGCGGGCCCUUCGGCGCCGGAGGCGCCGCCGUGGUGCUGCUGGACGCGGCGCGGGCCAAGUGCGCGCUGCAGUGGUCGCCGGGCGCUCGGGCCCUGGGCGGCGGCGGCGCCUCGGCAGCGCGCCGCGCCGACUCCGCGGCCUGGUGGCGAGGGUGCCUCCGCAGCCUCGCGGCCCGCCACGCCGCCGCACAGGCCGCCCCGCCGGCGCUGCUGCCGGUGGGCCACGCCGCCCCCGACGUCUUCGCGGGGGGCGGCGCCGGGUGGCCCGAGAGGCCUUCGGAGCUGUGGCGGAGGCUCGGGCUGGAGGCUCGCCUCUCCGACCCCGCCGGCCCGCGGCCAGCGGGCCUCGGCGCCUUCGGGUCCUGGUGGCCGACGGUCCACAACCUCUUUGCGGAUGCCGGUGCGCUGGCCGGGUGCGGGGACUUCGGCAGCGCCGACGAGGGCGCUGCCGAGGUCGCCGACUGUCGAUGGGCGAUCGUCGGUCGCCUGAUGUCCGAGCUGAGGCCGUGGGAGGACUUCGUCGGCUCAGACACGCCGGCCCUGAUGGCGGCCGUCGUCGUGCUCGCCUGGCUCGCCGACGAAGGGGUGGUCGGCUGCGAGGAGCACGAGUCGGAGGAGACCGGCCAGACGGAGUGCGAGUGCCGCGGGGAGCUCGGGCCGGAUUCGCGGGCGACGGAGGUGGCGAGCAACAUGCUCGAGCUCUUCAUGGAGAUAGUGUUGGCCGGCCAGCCUGGUAACCUGCAGAGGCUCUUCGGGGAGCUGAUGAUCAGCGACGCCUGGCAGGCGGUCUACUUCUGCGCCCUGCAGGGCGCAGAGCCCAGGACAGCGACGCACGAAAAGGGGGUCGUCUCCGCCGGCGCCUGGCGCGUAAAAGCGUCCCGCGCGAGGUCGCGGGCGCGCGCCCUCGUCGUUUCCCAGCCAGAGUGCACUGCGCCGGCGGCUCUCGUCAAGCCACGGCGUGAGUUCGCUACUCUCGUCGCGCAGGCAUCGGGCGCGGAGCGAACGCACAGGCACAAAGAGCUGCCGAUUCCCAGGAGCGUGCGGGAGAGAUGGGGCCCCGGGGGGGAAGACGGGGCGAGACUCCAGAGAAGAUGUGGUAAGGGUACGUAUGGGGGGGGGAGCCUCGGACUCGCGUCCGUGUGUUCGCGUGUGCCCCUGGGCCCCUGGAGUCAGACCCUCCUACAGUCGGGGCCCUGAAGAAGGAACCCUUUUCGUUGCGAAGGGGCUCCGCGUUCCUUAAGUGUUUCGCAGCUUGCCUCAGGCUUUCCUCAUGUUUUCGACCGGAAAUCGAAGGUUAACUUAUGGAAACAAGGGGCCUCGUUCCUUAGUUAGGGUUCCUUAGGUCAACGCCCCUCCUAUACUCUCCACCGCCGCCCAGGAGGUACCUGGCAGUGGACCGCGGCGGCCCGGAGCUGCCGCCCCGCGCCCGCGCGCGGCUCGACGAGGCGGCCCGCGGCGGCCGCGCGGCGCCGCUGGAGGAGCUGCUGGCGGGAGGGGCCGCCCGGGAGGCGCUGGUGACCUUCCCCGACGGCGGGCGAGAAGAAGCCCCCCUCGCAGGCCAAGAAAUGGGCACCAACACCAACACAGA